AUGAGAGCACAGAAUAUCCAGUGUUCGAACCUCUUGGAUAAAGACAUGUUCUCCAAGUCGGACCCAUUGUGUGUGAUGUAUACUCAAGGAAUGGAGAACAAGCAAUGGAGGGAGUUUGGAAGAACAGAAGUGAUUGACAACACACUGAAUCCGGACUUUGUACGCAAAUUUAUCCUGGAUUAUUUCUUUGAGGAGAAACAGAACAUCAGAUUUGAUCUGUAUGAUGUGGAUUCUAAGAGCCCUGAUCUCUCCAAACAUGAUUUCCUGGGCCAGGCUUUCUGUACUCUGGGAGAGAUCGUGGGGUCCCCCGGGAGCCGCCUGGAGAAGCCCCUGACGAUAGGAACAUUCAGCUUGAAUGCCAGGACUGGCAAACACAUCCCAUCAGUGUCAAAUGGCGGUGUUCCUGGGAAGAAGUGUGGUACCAUUAUCUUGUCAGUGGAGGAGCUGAGCAACUGUAGGGUCCUUCAGGUGGUAAACCCGAAAAAGAAAAUGAAGAAAAAGAAAUACAUGAACUCCGGCACAGUGCCUGAGCUAAUGUGGAAGAGCAGCACCCUAUCCACCUUCUUGGGUAACAACUAUUCUUAUUCUUCCACUCUUAGGACUCAGAUCAAUUUCACGGUUGCUAUUGACUUCACGGCCUCCAAUGGCAACCCCUCCCAGUCCACUUCCCUGCACUAUAUGAGUCCAUACCAGCUGAAUGCCUAUGCCCUGGCAUUGACAGCCGUGGGUGAGAUCAUCCAGGACUACGACAGUGACAAGAUGUUCCCGGCCCUGGGCUUCGGCGCCAAGCUUCCUCCUGAUGGCAGAGUUUCCCAUGAGUUUCCACUGAACGGCAAUCCGGAUAAUCCCUCUUGCUGUGGCAUUGAUGGUAUCCUCGAGGCCUAUCACCGAAGCCUUCGCACCGUGCAGCUCUAUGGCCCCACCAACUUUGCACCAGUGGUCACUCAUGUGGCCAGGCAUGCAGCAACUGUACAGGAUGGCUCCCAGUAUUCCGUGCUGCUGAUCAUCACAGAUGGGGUCAUCUCAGACAUGGCGCAGACCAAGGAAGCCAUCGUCAAUGCUGCCAAACUCCCCAUGUCCAUUAUCAUCGUGGGCGUUGGCCAGGCUGAGUUUGAUGCCAUGGUUGAGCUGGAUGGUGACGACAUUCGGAUCUCCUCCCGGGGAAAGUUAGCGGAGCGUGACAUUGUCCAGUUUGUGCCUUUCCGGGACUAUGUGGACCGAACAGGGAAUCACGUGCUCAGCAUGGCUCGCCUGGCCAGGGAUGUACUGGCCGAGAUCCCUGACCAGCUCGUGUCCUACAUGAAGGCACAGGGCAUCCGUCCUCGCCCACCCCCGGGCCUUCCCGCCAACAGCCCCCCUGGGUCUCCUCCUCACACCUCCCCUGCCUCCCCUAUGCACACAAACCUCUAA